ACCUGAUCAUUCUUGAAAUCAAUUCCGAAGAUGAAACUACUUCUCUUGUUUGUGUUUGCAGCUGCUGCAACAACUGUUUACUGUGAUUUGAAAGAUGUUGAUAAAACGUUGGCGAAAAUCGAUUUUGAGGCUGUAAGAGCUAGCGGACGUCUUCUUGAAAACAUGUUCAAUUGUUUAAUCGAUGGUGUUAGGUGUACUCCUGAUGCUAAAGAGUUGAGAAAAUUCUUGCCGGAAAUUUUGGAAACAUGUUGUGCCGAAUGCACUGAAAAAUUGUAUGGUGAAACAAAAAGAAUGGUAGAUUUUCUUCACAAAUACAAACCAGAAUAUGGAAAGAGAGCUUUGGACAAAUUCGACCCUGAUGGCACAUUAGUUGGAAAGUGUGACGCAGCCUUCCAAGCUAAGGGAAUAAAUCUGUCAGGAUUCAGAAUGUGAUCAAUUUAUGUUAUGUUAUGUUUAGAUUUAGAAUUUUUCACAAUAAAGUUUUUUCAAAGAAUA